AUGUUCCGCAGACGCCAACCACCCCCCUCAACAAUAAACCCCAUCCCCCCCUCCUCCCUCCCCUCCCCCGGAACCUCCGGCACUGAGGCCGCCCUAGCCCUCCAAACCCGCCAGAUCUCCGCCCAACUCAAACAAGCCUCCCGCACCGAAAAAGCCUACCGCACCCGCAAACGAGCAGCCGCCGCCCGCGCCAACUACGCCGAGUCAAAAGACCAUCUCAGACAAGCCUGGCUUCAUUUCGCUCUUGGGAUCCGACUCAUGUUAGGUGUUGUAAAGUCAUCCGCCUACGUGGCCAAAGAAAAGAAAUUCAAGUGGCAGGCUGGCAGAGAGGAGAAAAAAGCUGCAAAGGAGCAAGAAAAACAGAGGAAGCUGGAAGAGAGAACAGAAAAAGAGGGGAGGGUAGAAAGGAGUCCAGUCGACAGCGACCGCUUGGACAGGGCGCGCACAGCAGAGGGUGACGACCAGGGAUACAGGCAAGAGGAAGACGUCAUCAGUGACAACGAGGUCGAGAUUGGUGACGGGGAAAAGCAGACAGAGGUGAUGGUGGAAAAGGAGCUCCCUACGCCAAAGGAGGAGGACACGAUUGAUGAGGAGAGGGUUCAGACGAAGCGGUGGAAGGGGAAGGGACGGGCAAAGGGGAAGGGGAGGCAGUAA